GCAGGUGAGGCCGAUGCCAUCACUCGGGAUGGAGGAGACGUCUACACAGUGACAGCCGGCCUCAACACUUACUACCUGCAACCCAUCAUUGCAGAGGACUACUGCGAGUGUUGGCAUCUCACGACCAAGUUCAAUAAUGGAAGAGACUGGGUACACAAUGGCCCUUAGCACUUCAGUUGCACAGAAAGGCCUACAGAAAGUUGAUGGUUCUAUACUUUGAAUCGGAUCAAAUGUAUUCUGGCAAAAUCUGGUUUCUGACUGUUGUAUUGAUAUCUCCUCUCCUGUCCAUCAGACUCUGACAUCUGCUAUUAGGCUGUGGCCGUGGCCAAGAAUGACACUGGCUUCGGGUUCAACAAUCUCCGGGGCAAGAAGUCCUGGCACACGGGGCUCGACAAAUCUGCAGGCUGGAACAUUCCCAUUGGCACCCUGGUGACUGUGGGCCAGAUCAACUGGGCCGGGAUCGAGGACAAACUUGUGGAGGAAGGUGGGUGGGAAUGAGUGAAACUUGAUGAUUGUGCUUGAUGGUCUGUAGUUGACUCCCUGGGAGUGAGGAAUGUGUGUUGGAUGUACUUAAUACUGUAUCUCUGUCAUUGCAUGGUGUGGUUUUUCCUCUGUGUGUGUGUGUGUGUGUCAGAUUAUUUGUAUACAUAUUGGGCUUUAUAUUUUGGAUCUAUCUAUAUAAAUUAUGUUUGUGUUCUGUUGCUAUAGUUUUCAUGGCCUGUCAGAUAUGGAUAAAUCAGAUGUUUGUAUGCAGCACAUUACUUGAUGUGCUUUGUCAUAUUGAUGUACUUCGUCAGCCAGUUUCUCAUGUGUUUAUUUGUUUUGCAGUGGUGAGAUUUGACUUCAUGGCCAGCUUCGCUCCAGGCACCACUAAGGGUUCUAAGGGUUCAUGUCCUAGCAGUGCAGGGGCCUAG